AUGGCUGCGGAGAAUGUUUACAUGAUUAUAUAUCCUAAUGGAGAAAUUUCGCAUACAUCAGAAGGUAUUACAUUCGUUUGCGACGAUCCAUUGUGGAUAAUGAUUCCACCACAAACAUCGUUGCAAGAUUUGAAGAAUCUGAUUCUGAUGCAUACCGGAAUGGUUGCAAAAAAGGAAAUCACGAAGCUGACCUACAGAAUGCCGGUUGCAGUGGCCAACUCGUUUUCGUAUCAGAAAAUGCAGAUAAAAGCUGAUCAGCAUGUGUUGAUGAUGUUUUCUUAUCAUCGCAGCAUAGGAAGCAUCUAUUCGUUGGAGCUUUGUCUGAAUCUUCAGGACAUUGGUGGAAGCUCGUCCAGUUCGAAUAACGUGGAGGGUGUCAGAAAUCGACCAGCGGAUGAUUUUGGUUUGGUUCGGGAUACCAGUAGGGCCCCAAGUCCAAGCUUUAAUGCAUUCGUUCCGCAGGUACAAAAUGUAUCUAUUUGUGAAGCGCGCCCCGCCUCUUUUACACAUCUUGGGGUCGAUAGGGUUUCAGAGGCUGCUAAUGCAUAUACGUCUGACGAGGAUGAGAUUGAAGAUUUCAGUGGUGAUGAUCCAGAAGUCGUUCCAGAGACUCAGCCUCUGCAUGGCGAUGCUGUUCCUCCAACACGAGUCGAACCUGAAGGUGGUGGUGUAUCUUCCUCCACACCGGCACACUACCUAUCCUUAAAUCUGGGAGCAAUGCAUUCGACUAACGCAGAGGACAGAUCGAGCAGCUACCCUUUGUCAGGGGAGAUGGAGCUCGAGAUUGGGUUGAAAUUUCUUAACCGCGAAACAGCGAUGCUAGCAGUUAAAAACUACAACAUCCGUAGGAGUGCAGAAUAUAAGGUUGUAGAGUCAGACCAAAGUAGGUAUGUCUGUCGAUGCAAGCAUUUCGGGGAUCAAUGUCGUUGGAUGGUACGGGUUGCAAAGACAAGGUCCUGUAGAUUUUGGGAAAUCCGAAAGUACAAAGGGCCUCACAGUUGCUUGACAAGUACAAUGUCUCAAGACCACGCUCAACUCGAUAGCAACGUCAUCUGCCAGCACAUAUUUCCCAUGGUGCAUGCUGAUGCGACGAUUUGUGUAAAGGUGUUGCAAGGAUCAAUUGAGUCAGCGUACGGUUACAAGGUGUCUUACAAGAAGGUUUGGCACGCGAAGCAGAAAGCAAUCGCAAGGAUCUAUGGUGAUUGGGACGAAUCGUAUGACCAGCUGCAUAGAUACCUCAAUGCUCUGCAAGCUUUCGUCCCAGGGACAAUUGUUGACCUCCAAACCCGGCCGUACUAUGUCGGGAACACACUAGACCGUGGUUGUGUCAUGUUUCACCAGGUUUUCUGGUCAUUCCCUUCCUGUAUUGAAGCUUUCAGGCACUGUAAGCCGCUGGUCUCAGUGGACGGAACACACCUGUAUGGUAAGUACACAGGCACCCUUCUCAUGGGCAUUGCACAGGACGGGAAUAAUAACAUUCUACCCGUCGCUUUCGCACUUGUCGAAAGAGAGAACACAUAUUCAUGGUACUUCUUCCUAACCAAUUUGAGGAGGCAUGUCGCAACUCGGCUGGGAGUUCUGCUUAUAUCCGACAGGCAUGCGGCAAUAAAGGCCGCAUUGGAACGUGACGGGUGUGGCUGGGAACACAAUGUGUACUGUGUACGACAUAUUGCCUCCAACUUUGCAACCAGUUUCAAGAGUAAGGAAGCCAAGAGACACCUUGUUAAUGCUGCAUAUUCGAAGACGCAAGAGCAGUCGCAAUACUACCUUGAGCUAAUCAGUAGCGAGGAUCCGAUAACAUCUCCACAGAUGAUGGAGUGGAUCCGAGGGCUAGAGCCACCGAAAUGGCUACAACACCUAGAUGAGGGCCGACGAUACGGUCACAUGACGACGAAUCUCUCUGAGUGUGUCAACUCUGUCCUCAAGGGCACUAGAAAUCUACCAAUCUGUGCAAUUGUGAAGUCCACUUACCAUCGCCUGAAUGAGUUAUUCGUCAUGAAGGGUCGACAAGCACAAGCACAGAUUGCAAGUGGUCAGGUGUUCUCACAGUUCUUGCAGAAAGCCAUACUUGCGAAUCGUGAGGGGAUUCCCCAGAUGUUGGUGACGUCAUACGAUAGAGCUACCACUAUAUUCACAGUCAACGAGAUAGCUGCUGUUGGAGUGCAGUCACGGUUCCGAGUUAAUCUCCAUGACCGCAGAUGUGAUUGUGGUUACUUCCAGGCGUUGCAUUAUCCUUGUGCACAUGCUCUGGCCGCGUGUGCAUAUGCGAGAUUGGACUGGCAAGAGUACGUCGAUUUAGUCUACCGCGUUGAGAGCGUGUUUCGGGUCUAUCAAAUGGAAUUCCAGCCCAUGCCCGAUGAGGAGAUGUGGCCCCCUUCAGAAGGACAACAUAUCCGACCCAACCCCCUCCUACGACGUACAAUGGAAGGCCGUCUGGUAUCUACUAGGAUUCGGAAUGAAAUGGACGAGGUUGAGCCAGGACCAGGGAAGAGAUGCGGCCUUUGCAGGCAACCAGGACAUACCAGGCGACAUUGUCCGCAUGCUUCUGCAACCUAA